AUGAGGCUACUGUCAACAGACUUCAGCAUGGUAUUAAACAAAAGCAGAGAGUAUGAAGUCUUAAUCGCUGGGUUGCAAAGUAAAGUGCAAAGUUUGGAGAUUGAGCUAGAAGCAGCAUGUGAUCGUUUAGUCAAAGUUCAUGCUGGAAUGCUGGCUUCAUCGCAGAAUGAUGUAAGGGACGAGCUAUAUAAAGAGUUAUUGGCUGUGAUCGACGUUCGUGUGACUGAAUCCGUCUCAGAUGCCGUCAACAACCACAAUACCGAAUCGCCGAAGCGCAACGAAGCAUAUCAAAGUUUGAACAUUCCAGGCGCAUCCAAACAAAGCAAAUUUCCAACUAAAUUUGAAUAUAAGAACAUUUCUACGCCAAUUCCAGCAAAGUCGAACGAUGAGCACGUAAUUGUUGAAACCAAGCCUACAUCCGCGUCAUGCGUGGCCACUGCUAGCCGACCCAUACAGAAGCCUUCUAUUUUCGACGGCCGAACGCCCUGGGAAGCUUAUCAUACACAGUUCGAAAUCGUGGCGGAUAUUAAUAACUGGAAUAAUGAUGAAAAGGCCGCAUUCUUAGCAACGAGCCUUAAAG